UUAAAAAUCAAUCAGACAGUACAUAUCUGAUGCGUGUGUGUAGAAGCGCGUCAAUGAACUACAGUUAUAAUACAGUGUGUGUACUUCACGCGAUGAAAGUGAAUCAUAGGAAUGUUUGACAUGAAAAGAAAAUUAUUUGAUUUGAAAAAAAUUGGCAUUGUGUUUAAGUCAAAGGACAAUUCGUGAGUUUUUUUUUUCAUUUAAUUUGGAUUUCGUGAGAACUUUUCCACCUACAAUACUCAUCGAUAUUAAAUCUGAAAGGUUCAACGAUACUUAAUUUUUUGACAUGGAAUAUAAGUAGGCAAAGAAAAAUAAGAAAAGGAGAGAAAAAUCGGAUAAAACUAAAUAUAGUAGUGUGUCUGUCGUGCAACCAGUGAAUGUAUUCGCGGACAUGUGUGGAUAUGGUUUAACGGUCUGUGCGUGAGCAAUAUUAAAUUCAUAGCGACACUAAGUCGUCAUUUUUAGACUUUGACUCAAAUAGUCUGCUAUUUUUCUCUCGUACUUUUUUUAUAUUAUUCAUAUAUAAAUUUGUGCACAGUUUCUGCUUAGAUGGAUUUUCUAAUCAGUUUUGUUGUGACGUAGUGCAUGCAUUCCGUGUUUCAAUUGAACCGAUCGAAUAAGAAGGAAAAGAAGAAGAAAGAAAAUAACGUUCAACUCGUCAAUCUGAGUCUGUUGAGCUAGAAGUAAUUGAAAUUGUGAUAAACGUGACGAAGGAGAUGAGUCGUUGACGCGAGCAGUCUUUGUGCGAUGCAUUAAAUAAACGCAUGAAAAAGAAUCACAAAUCGGCGCGAUACACAUUUCAAAAAUUCUCGCACUAUUUUCCAUUUCUCUUUCUCGUUCGGUUGAACUGUUCGCGAAUAGUUUUUUUCUCUCAGAAUUAAACGGAAUUUCUGUGCGUUCCUUCUAUUUUCAUUCAUGUGUGAGUACACUGAAUCUGAAUCGCGGCAAAACACAUAUCUUCUUUAUUGUUCGGUGUUUGACAAGACUCGAUCAGUCGUUUACAGUUGACUGUACGAUAUAGCGGCUCGACUAUUUCGUUAUGUGACAAGUGUUGUUAAACAAGACGAUAACAUCUGAAAAAAAAAACACGACAAAUACAACACCGCCAAUGUUUACAGACAGAGAACUCAUUAAAUAAAAUGUGUAUAGUACGAGACAUUCGAUUUUGAACGUUAAUUGUUAGGAUUUUUUUUCUUUAUUUUCAUUCGGUUUGAUAAUACAGUGCGUUCCAAAACUUACGCGGUGCAAUUGAAUCAGCAUUUAAAAAAAAAAAAUGUUUACGUAAUUUGAACGAAUAUUGAUAAAAUAAUGGUGAUUAGAGUCUGAUAGUGGAACGACGAAAUAUUGCAAACGCAUCAAAACUGAAGUACACGGGAGUAAAAACACAAACUAGCUCGUCAGCAGUCAUUGAAAACAAGAAUAUCAAAACUGUUAGCACUGUUAAUCACAUCACACCAAGAAUAAAUUGCUGCGAAAAUCGAAGUUUCGAGCGUCUGUGAAUCGAAAGAACAAAUAUAAGAAUUCUGAUAUACGAUUCAAUGGCGUUUAUAAAAAAGUACAUCUGAGAGAAUAAACCGACCAAAAUAAAAAGUCACAAACACACAUUGAACGAAUUGCUUCGAAAACUGCUGAUUUCGUACCGAUAAUUGAUAUAAAUCAGUUGGGUUGCAUACACAAAACGAGCGAUACGGUCAACGAAUGUACAAAGAUAACGGCAAGAUAAAUGUGGAGCUUUUGGCUGAAGUCGGUGACAUUGCUCAUCGUCUGCGUACUCUAGAUAAACGCUUGGCCUUGAAUUUUGAAGAUCCACGAAUUCAACAAGAAUUACAACACUGUAAAACUUCGACAGCGCAUUCAUCUAACGAACCACCUAAAUCAGACCACCAAUGUUCUUCAUCGGAGAGACGACCGAGCUUAGCAGCACAAGUUGCCCAAAAUAUUGGCGAUAGAAUUAGCGGCAGUAGUUCGGGCGCAACAGACUCAGAAACCACACAACAACGACGCUAUAGCAGCAAACAAGUGGAAGAUAUCAUUUUAGAAUUUUACGAAAAACACUUGAUCUUUCAUCAAAAUCUAGAAAAAGAACGUUUAGCGACGAUAUCGGGAGCGGAGACAAGUGAAUCCACAAGACGAUCACGUAUCUAUCGAAUGACAAUUGGUGAUUCGAAUAAUAUGAGCAACUUGCCGUCGAUAGAAACCAACAAAUGUUCAACGAGUAAUACUGGCGAUAAUGCCGAUAGUCAUGUAAGCGCAGAGGGCAAUUUGUCAACCGAACAAAUAACAACCAAACCAAAUGAAUUGACUGCUGAACCAAUCGAAAAUACGACGUCGACAGAAGAAGAAACAUCGGCAUCAGCAACCGCAACAACUGCCAGUGGAAAACGCAAUUCAAUUGCGAACCAGCAAAUGCCCGAAAUUCAAAUCAGCAACAGUGAUGAACAACCGAAAACACGUAAAUCACUUACUACUGAACAGUUUGAACAAAAGGAUCCUACCGACGAUUCAACAAACGAAGAAACAUCAACUAAUACAACAAUAACAGCAACUGCAGGAACUGGAGGAAUUUGCGGUCACUAUUGCGCUGGUUGGCAAACAUCAAUUUGGAACAAUAAAUUCGAUGACGACGUUUUACGAAAACUUGUUAUGGAAUUGAAACACAAAAUCGAAUUUACCGAAAGAAUGAAUUGGCUCUUAAAUUUUACUCAAGCAGAUUUAUCGAAACGACCGGCGGGACCGCCACAUCGUAAAACCAGUUUACCAAAGCAUACAGAGGUUAAGAAACGGUUUAUGGAAAUUUGCGAUCGAACGCUGUCGGAUGAAAUCAAGGCUGCACUUCGAUUGCCAGCAUUCGAUUCGUAUGAAUGGGAAGAUGAAGAUGUGCUAUUUCUAAUGCAAACCAUGUUCAUCGAUACGGGUUUGGUGGAAAAGUUCAAUAUACCGUUAUCAGUGUUACGUGAAUGGCUUUAUGAAGUCUACAAACACUAUAACGCCGUACCAUUUCACAAUUUUCGGCAUUGCUUCUGUGUUGCACAAAUGAUGUAUGCAAUCACAUGCCGAACAAAUCUGUCAUCACGGCUUGGCGAUUUGGAAGUGUUGAUAUUAUUAGUAUCUUGCAUUUGCCAUGACUUAGAUCAUCCAGGUUAUAAUAAUAUUUAUCAAAUAAAUGCCAGAACAGAAUUAGCACUAAGAUACAAUGACAUAUCACCGUUAGAAAAUCAUCAUUGCUCAAUUGCAUUUAGAUUACUGGAACAUCCGGACUGUAAUAUAUUUAAGAAUUUUAGUAAAGAGGCGUUUAAUCAAAUACGUGAGGGUAUCAUAAGAUGUAUCCUUGCCACCGAUAUGGCUCGUCACAAUGAAAUCUUGACACAAUUUCAAGAAAUUACUCCCACAUUCGAUUAUACCAAUGAAGCCCACAUAAAUUUACUCUGUAUGGUUCUAAUAAAAGUUGCAGAUAUAUCGAACGAAGCGCGGCCUAUGGACAUUGCCGAGCCGUGGCUUGAGCGAUUAUUGCAGGAGUUCUUUGCACAGAGUGCUGCUGAGAAGUCAGAAGGUCUUCCUGUAACACCUUUCAUGGAUCCAGAUAAAGUCAGCAAACCAGGCAGCCAAGUUCGAUUUAUUGGCUUAGUAUUGUUACCAUUAUUUGAAGCACUCGGUGAUCUGUUGCCGGAAUUAAUUGAUAUGAUUAUUCAACCAGUUCGUGAUGCAUUGGAUUAUUACAAGAAAUUAAAUGACGCACAAAACAGAAUUCGAAAAUCUCUUGGCGAAGUUGAUGGAUCAUCGGAUGGUGGUGCAAGUACUUCACCUCAAAUGCCACGUUCACAAUCUGGCAUUAGUGUACGUUCGCGUCGUAGUAUUCCAUCGCAAAAAUCAACAUCACGUACAUCCGUUGAUGAGCCACUUUGCAUAUCGGCCGAAUUGCACGAUCUUCCAGAAGGCAGUGAAAGUGGCGACUCAGAAACUGCCACAGAAGUGGAUAUAGCCGAGAAAACGUCAAAAUUCAAAGUGGAUACGGAAGGCGUCAAUCGAAACAAAAAUGUACAGUCGUACACACGGAAAGCCAGCCGUGAAAAGCGACCAUCGAUGAUUAGUGAAUUAUGUACAACGGGUUCCGGUACACGGAUGCGUGGAUCUCAUGGAAAUAUUCAUAGCUACCACAAUAAUCGUUCGAAUUUUGGUGCUAAUCGUGCUGUCAGCUUGGACCAAUACAGUACACAUAAUCGACGGUCUUCGGAUGGGCUGCAGCAGGUGACGUCGGAUAAUAAUGUUUACUACAAUCAACAACAUCGUAGUAUGGAUGGCGAUGUCCCCGCAACAAUCACCGAGAGUAUUCAGUUAAACAAGAGUGCAAAUGAUGAUUUAUCGAGUGGCGGUGACAUUCGCAGUGACCCAUUAAGUCGUAAUUUAAAACCAUCUGAUGAAAAGGUCAAAACAGCAAAUCAACAACAACAACAACAACUGCAACAACAUAAUCAAUUUUCGCAACCAAACAAAUACACAUCAAACAAAAUUUUAAGCACCGCUAGCUCGGCCGCAAAUAAUGGCACCAAAUCAUUCAUGUCCCGACUACGACAAUUUAGUAGCCGUUUUAGUUUCACUUUCGAUCGCGAUGCAAAACGUAAUAAUAGCACCAAUACAAAUAUCACACGAAAUAAUAACGCCAAUGAAUCGAUGUUGCCAAUAACGAAGGGAAGUUUUUGCUGUGCAAAUAAAACUUCGUCUCCAUUGCAUCAUCAACAGCAACAACAACCACAACAACAUGCAAAACAAGUAGAAAGUGUUCAUGCGUUGCCGGGAAAUGAUUUAAGCGCACGACAUCGUGCUCAUAGUUUGGAUGUCGUACGUACACGACAAUACAGUAGUAGCAACAGUGAAAAUAGCCGAAAAUCUUCACGCAACGAUGAACACAGUCACAGUCACAUUAUGUUAAUGAUGGAAGACAAUAGUAACCACACAACAACGAUUGGUGAUAAUAAAAGUGAUGCCGAUGAAAGUUUUAAUGCUGUAUGUGUUGGCGGUGACACAGGUGAUCCCAGUAUUUGACAUCAAAGUGUUAGUUCAAAUACAGGUCUAUCCACUCACUCACAACAACAAACUCACACACAGUCAAUGUUUUGUGUCUGGACAACGUGCAUCAGUGACCGAAUUACCGCAUUUGUUUGCCAAUGUUGUGAAGCGAAACUGCCCCAACCGGAGAAUAUCUAAGAAUUUUAUUGCAAACAUCAAACAUAUUGAUAAUAUCAAACUGUAUCAUCUGUUGAAAACUACUUUAAUUUAUGAUAACCUAGUAGCAUCACAGAUUUUCCACGUGUUUUAUUGCUGUGGAUAUUUGUCGUUCUCUGCUGGCCAUUUGACCAUUUUAUCCACACAAAUAGACACAAACACAUCCAUAUACACAUCUAGAAACACUUAUAUUCGAUGUAUAUGUUCCCUUGCAAAACAAAUAAUAAUAACAUGUUUAAACGCAAGACGUUAUCGAAUCGCACAUUCAUAGGUUCACUUUUGAAAUGUUGAAAAAUACAAAAAAAUAAUAAUACAUGUAAUAAUAACUAUCUAAUUGUUUAAUCAAAUGAUAAAUUAGAAUUAAAGUGUUGAAAACGAUUGACAAAGUAUUUUAACGAAAAUGUGAAUUUAACAUUUUGACGGAAUAGACCAUUUUCUUUUUUGUAUAAAUGCUCUAAUGAAUCGAUCAGACUUUUUCAAAGUUGAGGAAGCGAUCAAAUUACUUUUGAGCUACAACAAACAUACUCUAAAACAUGAUCGAAUUUUUAUUCUGUCAUUUACUUCGCCUUUGUUUCUUUUGGAUGGUUUAUACUGUGAUCACUUCAAAACAAAGUGUCCUUUCCAACAAACAUUUUGACACGAAUUUCUGUUUAAUAUUCAAUUAAAUUAUUUAUAAAAUUAUAUAUGCUCAAGAAUCAUCAUGCAAAAAGUAUAUUCAAGAACGGAUGAUAGAACAUUUGAUGGCUGAAAAACGAAAGUUCAUGGUUCCUUGAGUUCUUAUUUUGCUUUAAAAAAUUGAUAAAAAAAUUCAAAUAAUCAUGUGAAAAUUCGACCUGUUUCAGGGUAUUACAUUUUCUUAAGUUUAUUGUAGUUUGAAAAUGGCAACCAUGCUCCCAAUUUUUAUAUUAAUCUUCCGAGCUCUGAUCAAUUCUUUCAGUAUAAUGUGGGUGGUUAUUAGUCGAUAUGUGUGUUAAGAAUAUAAAAUCAACUAUUUAUUGUCAGGCAUAAAUAAAUAAAAUUCAUUGUAAAUGAAACAAAUUUUAACUAUAAAACUGUAAAAAAAACUGACAUAAAAGUGUUAAAAUUAUUAUUAUUAUUUGAGUCUACAAUAAAUAUGGAUGUAAAAUGAGCUUCUUCUGUCUCCAUAACUGUAAUCAAUAAAUAAAUUGUUGUCAACAAACAUAACACACUUUAAAAAAAUGCUAAAAGGACGACAGCGACCAAUUUGAGGAACACAAAAAUAAUCCUUCACAACAAAGAAAAUAUGUCGAAAUCUACAUAAAAUUAACCGAAGCCAGAUUUCCAUAACUUUGCGGAGCAAAAGUGCUGCUCGCUACUAUAUGUAUAUGGUCUCUGAUAUUUUCAGUGUUAUCUGAUAUUAAAAUUAAACGGUAUUUUUAGGUGUAACGUUUAAACAUGAAUUUAUCUGAUAAUUGUAUAAAAUAGAACUAUUGAUUCACAACACUUCUUCUCCUGACAUAAGAUUACAAAAGAACAGUCGAAUUUGUAGAUCAAUAUCUUAAAAGAGAACUCUUUUUGAAUGAACCUUGUUACAAUUAUUUCCUUAAUGUUUUUCAGUCUUCCUUCACUCCAAAGCCGCUCUGACCAACGAUUUAAAACAAAAAAUUUGAAUUCAACAUAACAAGAAAAACUGCCUACCAUAAUUGAUCUAGUUGAAUUGGAUUACAAUCAUCUUUCCUUCAUAUUCCGUAAUAUAUAUACACAUCGUAAGGCCAACAUAACAUUAUUAUAGAAACUAGCCUGCUGAAAUAACCGAAAUCAAUUUACGACAAAUCAACUUAUUGAAAAUACAAACAUUUCGAUUUAUAUUUACGUGUAAAAUGAAUACAAAGUACAUUAUUAAAAUUUGAGAAAUAAAAAGUCUUUUGAACCUAUCAUUAUAAAAGAAAAAGAGAACACAUUGAAAAUACAGUAGUGAUGCCACAAUUGAAAAAUGUCAAAAAUACAUAUAUGCGAAAUAUUAUUUCCAAAACUUGCUUAUAAAUAUGUAAACGUUGCAGCCGAAAUAGAUUUAUUAGAAUGGACAAAAUAAUAUCUCUUAUAGAAAAUGAAAGUUAUAGAUGAAAAGAAAAAUUGUGGAUUAGAGAGAAUGGUAUGCAUGCCCCUAGUCGCUUCCCAAAUUCAUGUGAUGAGAAUAAGUGCAAUGCUAUAUUGAAACCAUAAUAUCAAAUCGUUCAUUUCAUUUAAUUAAAGCACUAACAUCAUAAAUGACAAUUGAGGAAAGAAAGUUUCAACAAUGUAUUUUGCUUGUUUCGAAAGAGAAAUAUUGAAUGUGAAAGUAAGAGUGGAAUGUAAUGUAAAAAAAAAAAACAAGGAACAAUACAGAGGAUAAAGUUAUUUCAUUUUAUAUCUUGUAGAAAAAUAUAAUGUCAAACAUAAAAAUAAAAUUUUAUUGAGACUCAUAUGCCGAAGAAAACAUGAACAAAGAUAAAAAAAACACUUCUACAAAUUUAAUUUUAAACGAAGGACAUAAACCAAAUGAACAAAAAAUCUAA